AUGACAGAUCACACACCAGGUAUUGUUUCCUCUCACAAUGAACCUAGAGAAAUGAAGCUUGAAUACAAAAUCGAGAAAUGCUUAGGUUCUUCAAGUCACCCAAAAAAGGAAGUGGAAGAAGUAAAUGAUAUCUCCAAUGAACCUCUCAAGAGCAACAUUUUGGACCUAAUCAGGAGUUCAAAAAGUGAUGCUUCACAUGAAGAUUCUCAAAGACUCGGAGAUGGAUGCACAGAGAUCAAAGCAAGAAGUACACCUUUUGAUGGAAAAAUUCAGACUGCCAGCAGAAAGGAACGUUUUUAUGAGCUGGUGACUGCAACUCCUCUUCAUGGAAUCACAUCAUCUACUCUAGAUUAUAUCUACACAAAAUUGGAGGAUGAAAACUUGUCCAAAAGCUCUGAGCUUAAUGACAACAUCAAACAAGCCUUUUCUGCUUUGGAAGAUGAACUCUUUGAAGAUAAGGAACUGAUGUUUGAGAACUUCCCCAAACUCCCUCUUGAAGUUAAAAUAAUGAUCUGGGAAAAGGCUCUCCUAAAACCAAAAGUUGUGCGCAUCGGCAUUGUGCCAACAGAACGCACGGUAGGAAACUGGGAAUACAACGGUGGUGAACUUAUGCAAAUCGACAAGGACGUACCGAUGCUACUCGAACGAAACCACUUUCUCAAGAGCCCCUCCUGUUCACUUCUCUCUGUCAAUAAAGAAUCUCGAGCUCAAGCAUUACAAGUACAUGGUGUAUUUCGGGAACAGAGGCGCCCGUGUGCAGAAGCCGAGGACGGUUAUGUUCCAAUCAACCGCAUAUAUGUCAAUUGGGAGAUCGAUACUGUAUGGUUGGAUUACAACCUCUCCGUCGCGUACCGUGAUAAUAAAAUGGAUCCAAGCGACACUGAGAUCACACCAAUUCCGGCAUACGAAGAUAUCCGUUGUCUUGCAGCACCUGCAGAAUCUAUCGAAUGGUCUUCUGAAUAUCAAGUAUCGGAUACAGGUUUAGCAGUUGCAGAUUUCCCAAAUUUAGAGGACUUGAUUUUGCUAGUUCCUACGAAAGAGACAGAAUGGAGCAACCCAAUUCUUGUCCCAACGGCACCAAACACGACAUUCUUUAUCUAUCUCGAAGAAUUCGAUAUGGAUCACUUGGUUCGGGUCUCGAGUUUUUUAUCGGCGAAGAUGAAUACGACAUUGCUAUGGAGAAUUUCGAUAUGGCACGCUUUUGAUAAUUUCUUUUCUUCAGAUAGAGAGGAAGACAUCGCAGCGGGACAUAUACGUGAUCUUUCCACCUGGAAUAUGCCAGACGUUCAUUACAUGAAAGUAAGCACAAUUGAGGAGGAGAACGUCAAAGUUAAAGCUAAGGCUCUACUUGAGGUUUUGCCAGCAGAGGUUUAUGAAGUAGACGAAGAAGAUACAAACGGACGACGCCGUGGUGUCAACAAUCUUAGGGAAGGCAUAAUAAUUGCGCGAGAGUGGCGGUUGAAGGACUUCUUGAACAGGUAG